AUGGAGGUUCCAGUCUGCAUUGAAAAAAUGAAGAAUGGAAAAUCUGGUGGAGACGACGGGAUUAGCGCAGAAAUGCUGAAAUACCUUCCUCCGUCUGGGAUUCGAAUUAUCGAGGAGCAAACUGGCUUCCGUCCUGGCCGAUCUACGAUUGAACAAGUGUUCAUCGUCAUACUGAUUGAAAUCUGGCAGCGGUAUUCGAAGCCGAUGCAAUUAGCGUUUCUGGACUUUGAAGCCGCGUUCGACUCUCCUCACCGAGAUCGUCUUCUCAACGCGCUCCGCGCGAAUGGAGUACCAGGAAAGUUCGCUUGCUAG